GGUGAGUGUGUUGAGCGGGAGGCGAAGGGCGUUGAAUCCGCAGCGAUCCGCAGCCGGGGACGGCGCAGGGAGCACGGGUGCGGACGCCAGAGCCGAGCCCGCGUCGCCAUGCCUCGGAAAAUCGAGGAGAUCAAGGACUUUCUGCUCACAGCCCGGCGGAAGGAUGCCAAGUCUGUCAAGAUCAAGAAGAACAAGGAUAAUGUGAAGUUCAAGGUUCGCUGCAGCAGGUACCUUUACACCCUGGUUAUCACAGACAAGGAGAAGGCAGAGAAGCUGAAGCAGUCCCUACCCCCGGGUUUGGCAGUGAAGGACCUGAAAUGAACCAGACCUCUGUGUGUGACUAUUAAAAACCCUGAAAAGU